UAUAGAAUUUAUCGGAAUUGGGGUUGUGGUGUGUUUUUCUCUAUAUCUAUCUUACUAUUGUAGUAUAUAGUAUAUGUAGUAUUCUAGUAUUAAAAAUGAAUUUGUGUAAAAUACCGGUUCCUGUUGAAGAUGUAGUGGGUGAUAAUAGAUGGUUAAGUCUACACAAUAGAUUCCUUUCCGAAAUACAAGAAAAAGAUGCAGACGUAAUAUUCAUCGGCGACUCUAUCAUUCAGGGUUUGCAGCAUACGGACGUGUGGGAUGACCUAUUUGUGCCUUUACAUUGCUUGAAUUUUGGAAUUCACAGAGAUCGAGUGGAAAAUGUGUUGUGGAGGGUGCAAAAUGGCGAAUUAGAUAAUGUUAAACCAAAGGUUAUAGUGCUUCAUGUUGGUACUAAUAACUAUAAUAAUAGUGCUGAAGAAAUCAAAGAUGGAAUUUUGAGCAUAAUUCAGGCAAUUAGAGACAGGCACCCAGAUGUAUACAUUGUACUACCAACAUUGUUACCGAGAGGUCAAAACCCCAAUGCACUGAGGGAUAAACUAGCAAAGGUAAAUGAGCUUCUUAAGGCUAGUUUGGCGAAUAUGCCAAAGCUUGAAUUAGUUUCCAUCGAUAAAGGAUUUAUACAACCAGAUGGUACUAUUAGUCAUCAUGAUAUGCACGAUUAUCUUCUCUUGACUAACACGGGAUGCAAACAGGCAUUUGAGCCAGUUUACGAACUAAUUCUUCAACUGCUCCAGGAAGGAGAAUCAGAAGUAGAGUUUACACACUCGGAUUGAAAAGUGUAGUGGGUGUCAUUACAAACAGUUGGCAAGUUUUAUUUUGAGAUUAAAUGGGAGAAAACAUGUCUGUCCAAUUUAUGUUUUUCGUUAGAAAAGCGUUGUGUUUUUCCAACAUUAUUCGGUUGAAAUCUGGUUGCAAGUUUCGAAUCAAUUAGCAAAGAAUUUUUUUUUGUAUUGGAAAACUGUCUUCCGACGAAUCAUGGAUUUUGCAAACCUUAUUUAUAAUUUGAUGAUUGAUAUGUAUACUGUGUGCGAAUUUCAUUUGUGGAAAUAAAUUAAGAUUGAACAAGAAAUAUAGACAUUGUCACCAACUUCGCAAGAACUGAGAAUUUGCUAAAUAAGGUAAUAUUGGUUAGUAUGGGAUUAUGCAAUUAUGCUUUCUUACCCGUUCAGUUGCUCAAUUAUAACGACAAGAAAAUCCUCGAAUAAGUACUAGUUUUCAGGAAUUUACACAAAAGCUAUUAAAAUAUAUAGGUCAUCUUUGACAUCGCUUAGAGUACUUUGAAUACAUUUUUGGCUAUUUAGAAUUAGCUGCAAUCGGAUUUUUUCAAACUUAGUUUCAUAUAAAAUAACGCAAAUCACUAAUAAUUGUUAAAACUAACGUAAAUGCAAAACAGACAUUUCUGUUAUAGAGCUGUAUAUGUUACCGGCAAUGUAAAUAAUUGGGUAUUAUUUGUAAUGUCCGGGCAUUUAAAAAAUGCUCAAAGGGAUGACUAAAUUAUUAAUUAUGUACAAAAUAUCACAUUUUCCGGGCAUUAUGAAUAAUGCUGGUGAUGCUAAGUCUAGUGGGCAAUUUGAAAAUUGUUUUAUUCAUAAUUUCUCAACACACAAAAUUUUUUAAAUUACAUUACAAUUUACAGCCCGGUCGUCUAUAUGUUCGACCCUCCCGUCUUGGAUGACAAUGUUGUACAUUCUCUCUUGUGACUGGGUAAUUCUUCGGCUUCAAUAGACUUCAUUACAUAUUGAAAAUUGAUUCCUAGCAUAAAGUUGCGGUCUAUCUCUUUUGAUUUUAAGAGGUUGAAUAAACUAGGUUAAAUGAUCUUCGUAUAUGAACUUAAAUUGGUCAUCAGCUUGCGAUUGCAUGUCUAUUGAAUCGACUUGGACUCAAGAUGAGCUCAUGUUUUUACUUAGGAUCGGUAGAACCUUUUAUUGCUACACUGUGCUUUUUCUCGCAGGUUACGUCGCAUACAUCAUUAGCCGAUUUGGGUUUACAUCAAAUUGUUUAUUGAUGUAAAUCUAUUUGCGUAUGGUAAGAUUCGUCCUAGCCAAUCAGCAUACAUUUUCGGUGCUUUAUCGCUUGCACCAUCUUGCUUCGCGUUAACGAGCUUAUCUUAUAAGAGAUCGAGUCUUUAUAGUUUAAUAAAUUAUUGUAAACAUUAUUAAUUAAACAUUAAUUAUUUAAAUACCAGAUUUAAUCAGACAUUUCUCAAAUAUGUCCGGACAUUAUAAAUAAUGCCCGAAAUAAUCAAACUCACGGUAACAUAUACAGUACAUCACAGCGUUAUUUUGAAGCUCCUGGGAAACGUGUAAACAACAUGCGCUAUUUUUUGAUAAGUAUUAAAUUUUACAUUCCUAAUUUUUAUUUUUUGCUAGAUAUAAUUAAUUUAAUCUCAAAUACACUAAUAUAUAUUGUUUCCACGUCAUUUUUUUAAAGUUUAUUUGGAGUAUUUACUAUCCAAGGUUCUCGCAAUAAUAUGCCUAUAAAAUUUGCUGAAAUUGAAAGCAUGGAUUAAAAUAAUUUAAGGUCAGUUAACCCUUUUUUUGUCACAAUAAUAUGUUUUUAAUAUACCUAAGAAUUGUGAUUGGGAGUGCAUUAUAAUUAUAGUAUUUUCCAUUGUUAUAUUUGAUUUGAAAUUACCACAAUUGUUCUCUCAGUCGGUGUAAAAGAAUUUUUCUGUUUCAUUCUAAGAAAGUAAAUAAUUUGUAAUGAUGAUUUUUGUAAAUCUAACUUAUCGAACAUUUCAAUUCGGUAUCUUUAAUUUCCCAAGUAUUAAUUACGCUAUAUAACUGAAAUAUGUAAUUUUAAGAUGUAUUCAUUGUAAAUUAUACGAUAAUAAAGCUUUGUCAUUUUUGU